AAGCAAAUUUUUGUUUUCAUGAAUUUUUACGAUAUAGCCCGUUGACGAUAGCCAAUUUUGACUUUGUGGAUAUGGUAACUAGUGCCAACCCAGAAGGAGUUGCAACAUUUGAAGUAUCAAGAAGAAAGUAUUAAAUCUACCUUGCUGUUUCUAUGUCUCAAGAUGACAAGCGUUGCCCUCCUGAGGAGUUGAAGCGCUGGAGCUCGCCUGGCCUUGAACAUGAAUUCACCAGAGGACAGUUCUUCCUUUUCCACUCAGAAGAACUCAAAUUGGACCAACCACCAAACAUCCACUCCACAGCCAGGACUUAGCCCAGUUCAAACACCUGUUUCAACCAACCCUGCUAGCCUGUCUCAAUCACUAAUUACACCCCAGAAACAGAAGACAGCAGAGAAUGGAACCUCUGAUGCAUCACAGCCACACAGUGAACGGCGCAAGAGGGGGAGGCCACCCAAAGACAAGACACCUCAUACAGUCCCAGAACAUCAGAUCCAGUCCCCUUCAGAUUCAGACCCAUGUUCACAGCGAGAGGAAGAAACUAAUGCUGUCAGAGUGAUACAUCCCCUCUCAUCCAACUCACCUAUGCCUGAGGACCGGUGUCAGUCACCUGAUGUCCUAACAGAGGUUGAGACACAGCCCCUGUCACCCAGCCCACCUGUGCCUGAGGACCGGUGUCAGUCACCUGAUGCCCUAACAGAGGUUGAGACACAGCCCCUGUCACCCAGCCCACCUGUGCCUGAGGACCGGUGUCAGUCACCUGAUGCCCUAACAGAGGUUGAGACACAGCCCCUGUCACCCAGCCCACCUGUGGGCUCCUCUGAACUACCUUCCCCCACCAGGGAUUUACAGAGGGUACAUCGUAACGAAGGGUCCUAUCUCUGUAGUCCAUCUGUAGAACAAGGAGAUACAACCAGCCAUAAUGUCCUAAUUGCUAGAGAUCACACAUAUUCACUGACCAGAGAGCUAGAGGCUGAACCAUUUGUUUCACCCCAGAAACAGAGGACCACAGAGAAAGGAACCUCUGAUCAGGCACAGCCACACGGUGAACGGCGCAAGAGGGGGAGGCCACCCAAAGACAAGACACCUCAUACUGUCCCAGGACAUCAGAUCCAGUCCCCUUCAGAUUCAGACCCAAGUUCACAGCCACACGGUGAAUGGCGCAAGAGGGGGAGGCCACCCAAAGACAAGACACCUCAUACUGUCCCAGGACAUCAGAUCCAGUCCCCUUCAGAUUCAGACCCAAGUUCACAGCCACACGGUGAAUGGCGCAAGAGGGGGAGGCCACCCAAAGACAAGACACCUCAUACUGUCCCAGGACAUCAGAUCCAGUCCCCUUCAGAUUCAGACCCAAGUUCACAGCGAGAGGAACAAACUGAUGCUGUCACAGUGACACAUCCCCUCUCAUCCAACUCACCUGUGCCUGAGGACAGGUGUCAGUCACCGGUGAGGAAGUAUAGAAAAAAAUCAGAGACCCCUAAGGUAGACCAGUCGCAGGAGACUGACCAGUCGCAGGAGACUGACCAGUCGCAGGAGACUGACCAGUCGCAGGAGACUGACCAGUCGCAGGAGAUCCAGUCCCCUUCUGAUUCAGACCCAAGUUCACAGCCACACGGUGAACGGCGCAAGAGGGGGAGGCCACCCAAAGACAAGACACCUCAUACUGUCCCAGAACAUCAGAUCCAGUCCCCUUCAGAUUCAGACCCAAGUUCACAGCCACACGGUGAAUGGCACAAGAGGGGGAGGCCACCCAAAGACAAGACACCUCAUACUGUCCCAGAACAUCAGAUCCAGUCCCCUUCAGAUUCAGACCCAAGUUCACAGCCACACGGUGAAUGGCACAAGAGGGGGAGGCCACCCAAAGACAAGACACCUCAUACUGUCCCAGGACAUAAAAUCCAGUCCCCUUCAGAUUCAGACACAUGUUCACAGCGAGAGGAACAAACUGAUGCUGUCACAGUGACACAUCCCCUCUCAUCCAACUCACCUGUGCCUGAGGACAGGUGUCAGUCACCGGUGAGGAAGUAUAGAAAAAAAUCAGAGACCCCUAAGGUAGACCAGUCGCAGGAGACAGACCAGUCGCAGGAGACUGACCAGUCGCAGGAGAUCCAGUCCCCUUCUGAUUCAGACCCAAGUUCACAGCCACACGGUGAACGGCGCAAGAGGGGGAGGCCACCCAAAGACAAGACACCUCGUACUGUCCCAGGACAUCAAAUCGAGUCCCGUUCUGAUUCAGACCCAUGUUCACAGCCACACAGUGAACGGCGCAAGAGGGGGAGGCCACCCAAAGACAAGACACCUCAUACUGUCCCAGGACAUCAAAUCCAGUCCCGUUCUGAUUCAGACCCAAGUUCACAGCCACACAGUGAACGGCGCAAGAGGGGGAGGCCACCCAAAGACAAGACACCUCAUACUGUCCCAGGACAUCAAAUCCAGUCCCGUUCUGAUUCAGACCCAAGUUCACAGCCACACAGUGAACAGCGCAAGAGGGGGAGGCCACCCAAAGACAAGACACCUCGUACUGUCCUAGGACAUCAGACCAAUCAGGCCCUAACAGAUACACACGCAUGUUCACAGCCAGAGGACCAAACAGAGGCUGAGACACAGUCCUUGACAUCCAACUCACCUGCGCCUGGCCUUGAGGACAGGUGUCCGGCACCGGUGACAAAGAGGAAGUAUACAAAAAAAUCAGAGACCCCUAAGGUAGACCAGUCGCAGGAGACCGACCAGUCGCAGGACAGUGAGAAUUUGAGCAAGAGGAAACAUGCAUCUAAAACGUCACAGACCUCCAAGGUAGCUCAAUCACAUGACCAGUCGCAGGAGACUGUGAGGAAGUGGAAACAUACUAGAAAGUCACAGAGCCAUAAAGUAGACCAGUCACAGGAAACUGAGGGGAAUAGGGAAAAGACAUCUGAAAUAUCGCUGAAGCGUAAGCUAGAGUCACAAGUGGAGACUGUUAAAAAGAGAAAAUAUACUAAGAAAUCAAAGAGCCAUAAUGUAGUCUCUGCCAACCCCAUCUCACUCCCUGUGCUAUCUGCAGACCUCUCCCCCAGCGUUGUCUCUUCCACACACAACCCUCCUGGUGUCCCAAAGAGAAAACAUAGAAAAAAAACACAGAGCCACAGGGUAGACUCUGAGAGCGUCUCUUCAUUCCCUGUUCUAUCUGCAGAACUCUCUCCUAUCUGGAGCCUCUCUCCUACUCUCAGCCCUCCUGGUGUCUCUUCCUCGACAAGCACACCUAAGAGAGUCAGAGGCAGAACUAAGGGGGUCCAGCAACAGAUCUGUCUUAGCUCUACCCCAGACCCCAGAUCCUCCAUAGGAACAGCCAACCCCUUCUCUGUCGCUCCGUCUCCCCUGGCCCCCAGCUCUAAGCCAGACAGCCCUCAGAACGCCUCACCUAUCACCUGGAAGCUGUUCCAUCUAGACAAGAUUCCAGAGCCAGACGGAGCUGUACCCAGCAGUAAACCUUGGGGUAAACCCAGAGGUCGACCAAGGAAGGACCCGGCUGGAGUGAAGAAGCCGGCUGUAGUGAAGGGAGUGAAGAAGCCGGCUGUAGUGAAGGGAGUGAAGAAGCUGGCUGUCGUGAAGGGAGUGAAGAAGCUGGCUGUCGUGAAGGGAGUGAAGAAGCCGGCUGUCGUGAAGGGAGUGAAGAAGCUGGCUGUCGUGAAGGGAGUGAAGAAGCUGGCUGUCGUGAAGGGAGUGAAGAAGCUGGCUGUCGUGAAGGGAGUGAAGAAGCCGGCUGUAGUGAAUGGAGUGAAGAAGCUGGCUGUCGUGAAGGGAGUGAAGAAGCCGGCUGUCGUGAAGGGAGUGAAGAAGCCGGCUGUAGUGAAAGGAGUGAAGAAGCCGGCUGUAGUGAAGGGAGUGAAGAAGCCGGCUGUCGUGAAGGGAGUGAAGAAGCCGGCUGUAGUGAAGGGAGUGAAGAAGCCGGCUGUCGUGAAGGGAGUGAAGAAGCCGGCUGUCGUGAAGGGUGUGAAGAAGCCGGCUGUCGUGAAGGGGGUGAAGAAGCCGGCUGUCGUGGAGAGCGUGAAGGACCCAACUGUAGUGAAGAGAGUGAAGAACCCGGCUGUAGGGAAGAGAGUGAAGACUCAAUGUGGUAAGAAGGUGAAGACUGCAGCAGAGGGAGGUUCCCAGACCUGCAGCUCAGAGGAUGGGCCUCCUGCCAAGCACAGACGUAGAAUCAGGAAGGGUCUUACAGCAGAGGGAGGUUCCCAGACCUGCAGCUCAGAGGAGGGGCCUCCUGCCAAGCACAGACGUAGAAUCAGGAAGGGUCUUACAGCAGAGGGAGGUUCCCAGACCUGCAGCUCAGAGGGGCCUCCUGCCAAGCACAGACGUAGAAUCAGGAAGGGUCUUACAGCAGAGGGAGGUUCCCAGACCUGCAGCUCAGAGGGGCCUCCUGCCAAGCACAGACGUAGAAUCAAGAAGGGUCUUACAGCAGAGGGAGGUUCCCAGACCUGCAGCUCAGAAGAGGGGCCUCCUGCCAAGCACAGACGUAGAAUCAGGAAGGGUCUUACAGCAGAGGGAGUGGAGAGAGUCGGGCUGCAGAGUGACGACAGCACCAGCUCUCAGCCAAUCCAAUGCUCCAGACCACGGUUUGAGCUACUGGAGUUGGACUCACCGGACGAAGACACAGGAGAUGCCUCCCUGUCCUCAAACCUGUCCAUCGAACUGAGCCUACAGGAAGACCACCUGACAUCACUUCCUCUUGAAGAGGAGGAGGAGGAAGAGCAGGAGGAUGAGGAAGAUCUGCCCAGUUUCUUAAAUAACACAAAGCCGCUGUCCAUAACAGAGGGAAUAUGUGUUUGGUGCAAAUUUAGAAACUAUCCUUUCUGGCCGGCAAUGGUGAAAAGCGUGAACCGGAAGAUGAAGAAAGCCAGCAUUGUGUUUAUUGACAACCUGCUGUUUGACAAGAAGAGGAUACGAAAAGGCUUCUCUGUGGCCUUAAAAACAUUGAAGCCUUUCGACUGUGAAGAGGCUGAUCAGCUUGUGUGUAAAGCCAGAGAGAGUUAUGAUGCUGCCAUCAAAUGGUGCCUGGAGCUGAUCGCCGACUAUAGAAUCCGUAUCGGAUGCGGCUUCACCGGUUCCUUCAUUGAAUACUUUUCAGAUGACAUAAGUAGCCUUCCACAAGCUUCCCACAAUAAGUUGGGUGAAUUUUGGCCCAUUCAUCCUGACAGAACUGGUGUAACGGAGUCAGGUUUGUAGGCCUCCUUGCUUGCACAUGCUUUUUCAGUUCUGCCCACACAUUUUCUAUAGGAUUGAGGUCAGGGCUUUGUGAUGGCCACUCCAAUACCUUGACUUUGUUGUCCUUAAGCCAUUUUGCCACAACUUUGGAAGUAUGCUUGGGGUCAUUGUCCAUUUGGAAGACCCAUUUGCGACCAAGCUUUAACUUCCUGAUUGAUGUCUUGAGAUGUUGCUUCAAGAUAUCCACAUAAUUUUCCUACGUCAUGAUGCUAUCUAUUUUGUGAAGUGCACCAGUCCCUCCUGCAGGAAAGCACCCCCACAACAUGAUGCUGCCAGCCCCGUGCUUCACGGUUGGGAUGGUGUUCUUCAGCUUGCAAGCGUUACCCUUUUUCCUCCAAACAUAACGAUGGUCAUUAUGGCCAAACAGUUCUAUAUUUAUUUCAUGAGACCAGAGGACAUUUCUCCAAAAAGUACUGUCUUUGUCCUCAUGUGCAGUUGCAAACCGUUGUCUGGCUUUUUUAUGGCGGUUUUGGAGCAGUGGCUUCUUCCUUGCUGAGCGGCCUUUCAGGUUAUGUCGAUAUAGGACUGGUUUUACUGUGGAUAUAGAUACUUUUGUACCUGUUUCCUCCAGCAUCUUCACAAGGUCCUUUGCUGUUCUGGGAUUGAUUUGCACUUUUAGACUUUUUUUUUAGACCUUUGGAGGUCUACAAUUUUUAAAAAGAUUUUUCCAUUUUCCCUUUUGCUUGACAUCAUGGGAAUAUCAGAGGCACUGAGUUUGAAGGUAGGCCUUGAAAUACAUCCACAGGUACACCUCCAAUUGAGUCAAAUGAUGUCAAUUAGCCUAAAGCCAUGACAUAAUUUUCUGGAAUUUUCCAAGUAAUUUAAAGGCACAGUCAACUUAGUGUAUUUAAACUUCUGACCCACUGGAAUUGUGAUACAGUGAAAUAAUCUGUCUAAACAGUUGUUGGAAAAAUUAUUUGUGUCAUGCACAAAGUAGAUGUCCUAACCGACUUGCCAAAACAAUAGUUUGUUAACAAGAAAUUGGUGGAGUGGUUGAAAAACUAGUUCUAAUGACUCCAACCUAAGUGUAUGUAAACUUCCCACUUCAACUGUACACAUGGAUUUAGUACUGUAGAUAUGUGGUAGUGGUGGAGUUGGGGCCUGAGGGCACACAUUGUGUUGUGACUGUAUUGUAAUUUUUUGUAAAAUUGUAGAAACGGCCUUAAUUUUACUGGACCCCGGGAAGAGUAGCUGCUGCUUUAGCAGCUGUUGGGGAUCCAUAAUAAAUACACAUAAAGGUGACAUAUGGAUAAAUAACCUGCCUGAUCCAC